GUGCAUGUAAACGUACUGUAAUCGUUUAAAAUGUUUUACGUAGGUUUGUUAUUAUAAGUUGUGGUUCGAAACAGAACGAUGCGCUUUGCUAUUCACUUCAACAGACUAAGCGAUUUAUAUGCGGACGACUGCACAUGUAUUUUGUGAUAACCGCUUUGAAUACACUACUUGAAGUUUUUGUUAUUUUGAAUGCAUUUAAUGAUACAAAAUCAGUUAAGAUAUACACGAAAAUGGAUAUGUUAACGUUACAGACGUUAUUAGUUUUUACUGUCGGAAUAUACGAGGUUACAGCUGGUGAGUGGUGUUUCGUACAAAAAACAUUUGGUUCUGGAUCUGAGUAUCAAUACUGCAGUUGGGGAUGUUGCACCUUCAGCUAUCGGACUCAAUGCUGCACCGUCAACUAUACAACUAACUUGCAAACAAAUGUCGGAUUUUUUAUCGGCAAAAUUGUUGGGGGCGUGAUCGGUCUGAUAGUGCUGGUGUCGAUAAUUGUUGUCUGCUGUUGUAUCAUAAAACGAAAACGAGCUCGACAGGGGCAGAUCCUGCAAUCAACAAAUGGCCAAGAACCCGUAUUCGGUACCCCCGGUACAGAAAUGGUAUACGCACAACAACCAUACCAGCCUUACCCCAUUCAGACAACCAAUAUGGUGCCUGGUUACAUGUCAGCACCCACUCAGCCAACGCAGCCUUGGCGACCGCCCCCAUAUGAGGAAGUGAACAAAGGUUUCACGCAUUGAUUAGACUUAUUCUUCACUAACAGUGAUGUUACACUUGUCAACAUCAUGUAUGUGAACAAGUGAAUAUAUUAAUAAACAUAUUAUAGACUGUUUUUAUUUUUGUCCUUACUGUGUACUGUCGACUCAAUACUUUCUAUACCAAAUACAUUUAAAAGAGGAAGUUUAAUCCAGUGUAAACACAUAAAUUUAUUGGCAUCUUCAAACGACUGGAAUUGUAAUUCAUUUAAAACGUUUUGAAAUAUAUAGUGAAUUUAUUUGCUUAUUGUAUUUUUUCUUAGGAACGA